AUGGAGCCACCAGAGACCAGCGCCAACAGAACACUGGCCGUAUUGGAGAACCUUCUCCUCGAUCCUCAUCUCGAGGAGAUCUGCUUGAAAGCAGAUAUGAGCUCCUGUGAUGAACCCCCCCCAUCUCCACCCUCCACCCUCCACGCCAAAGUGAAGUUCCCAGAAGCGAACACUAGGGGAGGCUGA